AUGGUGUUCAAUAAACUAAUUUCAUUCCAAUUGGAGUAUGCACCUCAAUAUCAUCUAACCAAAUACAUUUCUCCCAGAACUGGGCUUCAAUUGGUUCAUGUAGAUCAUAAAUCAUCGCCACUGGUACAAGGCUACUUCGCAGUCGGUACAGAAUGCCCCAAUGACUCUGGUGUGCCUCACACUUUGGAACAUUUGAUCUUUAUGGGAUCAAAGCAGCAUCCUUACAAGGGUUUACUGGACACGGUGGGUAACCUAUGUAUGUCAUCUACUAAUGCAUGGACCGCCACUGAUCAAACUGUUUACACUUUGACUAGUGCUGGUUGGAAGGGUUUCUCUAAGAUACUACCUGCUUAUUUAAAUCAUAUCUUGUUCCCAACUUUAACUGAUGACGCUUGUACCACUGAGGUCUAUCAUGUGGACCCAGAGGACUUAAGUGAUAAAGGUGUUGUAUUUAGUGAAAUGGAAGCCAUUGAAUCUCAAAGUUGGUUCGUUACUAUGUUGGAAAAGCAAAGAUUGAUGUUCCCUCGAGGGAGUGGAUAUAGGUCUGAGACAGGUGGAUUGACAAAUAAUUUAAGAGACUUGACCAACGAAGAAAUUAAAGAAUUUCACAAGGCUAAUUAUUCUUCUGAUAACCUAUGUUUAAUUAUUUGUGGAAACGUUCCUGAGUCAGAAUUAUUAGAAAUUGUACAAAAUUGGGAUAAUUCAUUGCCUGAUAAGGAUUUGACAAGGAAGAAGAGACCUUUCUUAGAUAGCGUUGACUUCCAGAUUCCCAAAAAUAGAGCUGAACUGGUUGAAUCAACAGUAGAAUUCCCAGAAUUAGAUGAAUCGCAAGGUGAAAUUUUAUUGUCUUGGAUUGGUGAAUCGUACCUGUCAUUCAGGGAUGAUUUAGCUGUAUCUAUGUUACUAGAUUAUUUUACAGAAAGUGCAUUGGCACCAUUUACAAAGCAAUUGGUUGAAAUUGAUGAUCCAUUGGCCAAUUCGACAGAUUAUUGGACAGAUGAUUUUAUGAGAACAAUUAUUAACUUGGGUAUUCAUGGUGUUCCUACCGAAAAAUUAACUGAAACCAAAAACAAAGUCCUUGAUAUUUUGAAAAACCAUGAGAUUGAUUUAAAGAGAAUAAGACAAGUAGUCGAUAAUGGUAAGUGGGAGUACGUGUUAAGAUGUGAAAAGAACGGUGACAGUACCCUAUCACAAGCCGCAAUAACCGACUUUUUGUAUGGUAAUCCAGAUGGUUCCUCAUUAGAGGCCUCAACAAAGGAUUUAUCCGAUUUUGAUGACUUAUCCAAUUGGACAAUAACACAAUGGAAAGAGUUAGUUGAUCGUAUCUUUGUUUCUAAUAAGCCUGUAAUUGUAGUUGGUAAACCAAGCUCAGAUUUAUAUGGACGUUUAGAAGCAGAAAAGGAUCAGUUGAUUAAAGAUAGAGAAAGCCAAUACGGUAAGGAAGGUACUGCAAAAUUACAUGAUUUACUAGAGUCGGCUCAAGAUCAUAAUAAUAAACCAAUUCCAGAGUCUUUAUUACAUGAAUUUAAUAUCGAAAAUCCUGAAAAGACUGUUGACUUUAUUUCUACGUUAGGAAUUACAACUCUAGAUAAUUAUGAAUUUAAUAAUCUAUCAAAUGACUUGACUAAGCAUGUUUUAAAGUCCAAACCUGAUGGAUUCCCAUUAUUCAUGCACCUCGAACACUUCCCUUCUCAAUUUAUUGAAUUGCAUUGUUUACUGAACUCGACUUGCAUCAAAGACACUUCAUUAUUACCAUAUUAUCAUAUAUUUGAUGGAUUGUUCUCUAUGCCAAUGAAGAGUGAUACAGAUGAGAAGAUUAUAUCCUUUGAAGAAGUUGUCGCAAAAUUGAAGUCAGAAACUGUCGAUACUCAAAUAACAUUAGGACUAAACGCAUCCUGUCCUGAAUUGGUUGAUUUCAGGAUUAGAUGUAAGUCAAGUGAUUACUUUAAAGCUGUCAAUUGGAUUAAACAUUGCUUGUUUGACAUGAUUUUUGACGAAAAGCGUGUCAGUGUCCUAUUAGAAAACUACCUCAAUUCCAUCGUCGAAUUGAAAAGAGAAGGUGAUAUUAUGUUAGAUUCAUUAAAAAGUAGAAACAUUUACACCGAAAGAUCCUUCAAGAAAUCUGCUGAUCCACUAUAUGUUGAGGGGAUUCUUGAAGAAGUUUUAGCUGACAUUGAGAAUGGUGAUUUCAAAUCUAAGGUAUUACCUAGAUUGGAAACAAUGAGAACUCAAUUAAGAGAAAACUUUAACAAAUUUCAUAUUUUAAUAUUUGGUGAUAUUUCCAAGAUCUCAACUAAUGUUUAUACUCCAUGGCAAAAUCUAGUUGAACAAUUCGGAGUUAUUCCCGCUAAUUAUGAGGUCAAAAUCCCACCUGCUCCAAGACCACUAAAUUCUAUUUCUUCCCUUUGCCAAAAGCCAGCAGAACGUGCAUAUAUUAUUACUACACCCGCUUCUGAUUCUGCUUAUAUGACUACUCUUACUUCGAUUCCUUUUGAUCUGGAUUACAAUGAUUCUAAAUACCCAGCUGUCUCUUUAGCCUCAGAAUAUCUACAAUGUGUUGAAGGUCCAUUCUGGAAAGGUAUCAGAGGUUCAGGGUUGGCAUAUGGUGCCAAUAUGAUUAAAAUGACAGAAAUAAAUUCAUGGGGUUUCAACAUUUACCGUGGUACAGAUAUCAUUAAGUGUUAUCAAGCAGGUAAACAAAUUGUUGAAGACUAUGCUAAUGGUAUUGAAAAGUUUGACCCACAAUUAAUUCAAGGUGCAUUAAACAGUAUUAUUAAUAGACUUGCAACAGUUGAGAAUGGUUAUUUUGCAGCAGGUAUUGCCAAAUACGUUGAUGAUUUCUUGUACAAGAGGGGACCAAACUUUAACAAAAAGUUUUUGGAAAGACUGGCAAAGGUUACCGCGGAUGACAUGCAAAAGGUAAUGAAAGAGUAUUUGGUAAAUUUAUUCAACCCAGAGAAAAGUAUUGUUUUCAUCAGUUGUCAUCCAACUAAGCUGAACUCAGUGCAAGAGUUUUUAGAGGCAGAAGGUUUUACAGUUGAAGUUGAAGAGUUGGAAGAAGAUGAAGAAGAUGAAGAAGAUGAAGAUGAAGAGAAUUAA